GGCCACGCUCCGGGCGGGUCCCCGCUGCUCCCGGCGGCGGCGGCGCCAUGGACGAGGCCGUGGGCGACCUGAAGCAGGCGCUGCCCUGCGUGGCCGAGGCGCCGACCGUGCAUGUGGAGGUGCACCAGCGCAGCGGCAGCACUGCAAAAAAGGAAGACAUAAAGCAGAGCGUUAGAAAGCUCCUGAACAGACAUAAUAUUGUGUUUGGGGACUACACAUGGACUGAGUUUGAUGAGCCUUUUCUGACCAGAAACGUGCAGUCCGUGUCUAUUGUUGACACAGAGUUGAAGGCGAAAGACCCACAGCCCAUUGAUCUGGGUGCCUGCACAGUUGCACUUCACGUCUUCCAGCUGAACGAGGGUGGCCCCAGCAGUGAGACUCUGGAGGAGGAGACAGAGAACAUCACUGCAGCGAGUCACUGGGUCCUGCCUGCAGCUGAAUUCCAUGGGCUUUGGGACAGCCUGGUAUAUGAUGUGGAAGUCAAAUCUCACCUUCUCGAUUACGUGAUGACGACUUUACUGUUCUCGGACAAGAACGUCGACAGCAAUCUCAUUGCCUGGAACCGGGUGGUGCUGCUGCACGGUCCUCCGGGAACUGGAAAAACAUCCCUGUGUAAAGCAUUAGCCCAGAAACUGACCAUUCGACUUUCAAGCAGGUACCGGUAUGGCCAAUUAGUUGAAAUAAACAGCCACAGUCUGUUUUCUAAGUGGUUUUCGGAAAGUGGCAAGCUGGUAACUAAGAUGUUCCAGAAGAUUCAGGACUUGAUUGAUGACAAAGAUGCUCUAGUCUUUGUGUUGAUUGACGAGGUGGAGAGCCUCACGGCCGCCCGCAAUGCUUGCAGGGCAGGCGCCGAGCCUUCAGAUGCCAUACGCGUGGUCAAUGCCGUCUUGACGCAGAUCGAUCAGAUUAAGAGGCACUGCAACGUGGUGAUUCUGACCACCUCCAACAUCACAGAGAGGAUCGAUGUGGCCUUCGUGGACAGGGCUGACAUCAGGCAGUACAUCGGACCACCCUCUGCAGCAGCCAUCUUCAAAAUCUACCUCUCGUGUUUGGAAGAACUGAUGAAGUGUCAGAUCAUAUAUCCUCGCCAGCAGCUGCUGACCCUCCGGGAGCUGGAGAUGAUAGGCUUCAUUGAAAACAACGUGUCAAAGUUGAGCCUCCUUUUGAGUGAAAUUUCAAGGAAGAGCGAGGGCCUCAGCGGCCGCGUCCUAAGAAAACUCCCUUUUCUGGCUCAUGCACUCUACAUCCAGGCCCCCACCGUCACCAUCGAGGGCUUCCUCCAGGCCCUGUCUCUGGCGGUGGACAAGCAGUUUGAAGAAAGGAAGAAGCUCUCAUCUUGCAUUUGAUCUGAGCUCCCUGCCCGUGGGUUUCUAAUCGUGAACACAACUAUCGAGUGACGUCACUCCUCACGGCAGCAGCUGCCCAGAAGUCUCUGAACCCUCGGCCCAGGUCUACAGGCCAGAAGCCCACGAGGCUAAGCAGUGUUCCAAGACGUGUGUUGUGUUGGCAUGUUUUUAAGAUAAACGGCCUGUCAUUUUCACUGUUGAAAGAUGAUAACUCGCGUUCUGCUUUGCUGUAAAGAACUGUCUAGAUGUGCUCGUUCCAUCCUGUGUCUGGUCGAUCGGGCACAAAAUGCUGACAAAUGUUUAAAAAAGGCAAUUACCAUAGGUUUUAGGAAACCAAAGAGAACCUCUAUCCCCUUAACUAAUAAUGUAAUCAUUGCAUCGACAACAUCCGCCUCCCUGAAGACAGAGGCAGCUCUCUGACCUGAGCUGCUCGUGCCGAGUGCACACGUUUCAGGGACUAACGAACCAAGGAAUCCUAUUUCUGUGUUCUAGAAAUCGAGAAAAGAAAUUCCAGGUAGAGGGUUCUUCACGGUAAUCACUCAUGGUGCUGUGUGGGAAAGGUGCAGCCUCCGCGUUGGGCGGGCGCGUGCCGCACAGCCUGGCGUCCGCGACGGGCAGCGUCCCGUGGUGCUUCUGCCGGUCGUUUUGUUCCUCAGUCAUGUUCCCGCGGCGCAGGAGCAAGUGCACGUUAACAGUAGACCAUAAACUGGCCGGUAGGUUUGUCUUGAUUCCGAAUGUGGUUUGCUCUUUUCUGAUGCUAAAAUUUUGUGGUUCGUGUUUUAUAUGCAUUUUUGAGGGACAUGUUACAUUUUGUUACAGAACUUUUUAAGUAUUAAAACGUUUUCCCCA